AUGGGCAAUAAUAGAAUAAGUUUCCAUUUUUUUGAACCUGAAACAUCAAAAGGUUCAGAAAAGAAGAUUAGAAAACGAGAACCGAAUAUGUUUAUCUUAUAUCGUAAAGAAAUGAUGAGAGAUAAACCAUACAAUAUGACAAUGGUCAGGUUCAGCAAAUUGGUAUCGGAAAAGUGGAAACAGCUAUCUGAGGAUGAGAAAACAGAAUUACAAAGACGUUAUCAAAUUAAUAGGGAUCAAAAAUCACAAAAUUCUGUUAAGAAAUAUGUACAAAGAAGGUUUCAUACCGAUACCGAUCAAAUAAGUGAAAGCGCGAACUCUAAUCUCUCAGUAACUGAACAAAUCAAUUAA